UAAAUAAUUUAUUUGCGGCUUCUCUUCUUGCACUUUUGCAGCCAUUGUUCAUUGUUUUCCAGUUUUCCGAAAGUGAAGCACGUCUCGCGAUUUCGUGAAAGUAAAAAAAAAGUUGUUAAUUACGAGUGCUGAGCUUCUUGAUAUAAAUUAAGAAAAUGCCGAACUACAAAUUAACCUACUUCCCAGUCAAGGCUUUGGGAGAGCCAAUUCGAUUUGUAAUGAGCUAUGCAAAAAUUGAAUUCGAAGAUGAUCGUUUCGAUCGUGAAAAUUGGCCAAAAUUGAAAGAUCAAAUGCCUUAUGGUCAAGUCCCUGUUCUUGAAGUUGACGGUAAGCAAAUGCAUCAAUCAAAUGCAAUUUGCCGUUAUUUUGCUAAACAAUGCGGACUUGCUGGAAAAAAUGAUAUGGAAGCUUAUGAAAUCGAUGCUGCUGUCGAAACUAUUCAUGAUCUUCGUGCAAAAAUAGCCGCUUACAGCUAUGAAUCCCAUGAGGAGGCAAAAGAACAAAAAUUGAAGACCAUGAAGGAAACAGUUCCGUACAUAUUGAAACGAAUGGAGGAACAAGUUAAGAAGAAUGGCGGUCACUUCGUUGGUGGAUCACUUUCAAUGGCUGACUUAACAUUUGUUGCACUUUUAGAUUAUUUGAACUACAUGGCUAAGUAUGACAUCAUCGAGGACUAUGAGAAUUUAAAGAAAUUAAAGGAGACGGUCCUCGCUGUUCCUCAAAUUAAAGAAUGGGUUGCGAAACGUCCCAAGACUGAUUUAUAAAUUUUUAUAACAUAUUUUAACAUAUUCUAACAUAUACUUUGGAAAAUGAAGUCUCGUACUGUUUAUUAAUUGAUAAAUUAAAUUUUUUUAAGGUAUUAUUACUUUAAAAUUUAAUUUAUUCAAUGAAUAAGAGAUUAUCGAAUGUUAACACUGCAUAUGAUGUCUUGUAUUUUGCAUUUUAAUAAAUAUCAAUUUUAGUA